AUGACGCACAGGUCCGGUCGACCCGCCCCCCCCGAGGGGUUGUCGAUGCCGAGAGGAGACGAGAGGGUGAUCGGCGCCGGCGGCGGCGGCGGCGGCGGCACCGGGACCUCCACAUCCCCCACACGUCUGACGUGAGGCUUGCGAGGGCCGCCCGCAGAGGCGUAGCGCCGGUUCACCGCGGGAGAAAGCGGAGGUUGACUUGUGCAGUGAAACAGAGCAGAAUGGCUGAGCAACUUCAUAGCAUCAACCUCCAGAAUUUCAGCAGGUCCCUUCUGGAGACGCUGAACUCGCAGCGCCUGGGUGGUCAUUUCUGCGAUGUAACCGUACGUAUCCAUAACACAGCUCUCCGAGCCCACCGCUGUGUCUUGGCUGCAGCUAGCCCCUUUUUCCACGAUAAACUCUUGUUGGGCUACAGCGAGAUUGAGGUCCCACCUCUGGUCUCAGCCCAGACUCUGCGACGACUAGUGGAUUUUAUGUAUAGUGGCUCACUGAUGGUCUCUCAUGUGGAGGCUUUGCAGAUCCUCACGGCAGCGAGUGUCCUUCAGAUUAAAACCAUAAUCGACGAGUGCACACGGAUCAUUUCACAAAAUGCCCAACAAAAGGCUCAGGGGGACCAGCAAAAGAUGGACCUCUCCGAUGAGAAGGAAGCAGUUCUUUGCCAGAACACUGGUGACCAGAUCCACAAGUUUCCCAUGGGUUUUAUUGAAACAGCAUUGUCACCCCACACUGCUGAGAGAGAGUUUGACUUUGUACAGGGAGGCUCAAAGAACACAGCCACAGGUGAUGGUGGGUACAAGACAGAAGAAAUGGUCCCCAUUCUGUGCAGGCAACAAACAUUAGCACGUCAGAAGGGAGUUGGAGAGCAGGGCAUAACCGACCAGGAGAACCUGACUCUAAUGGAGACUGGCCGCAAUAAUGAGGUGCGUGGAAUCUGGUACAAUACUGCAGCCAACCAGCGGCCCGAGAUGGGGCUUUUGUCACAGGGCAGUCACAGCCGCAAGCAGCGGCAGCCAAUCAGACUUCAAAUGGCUGACGGAAGUCAAGUGACCAUCAAAGAAGAAGACGAUGAUCUCCUUUACUGUGGGGAGAGCAUCGCUGUCCGAACCGUCUCCAACCAAAUCGCACAGCAAGGCAACCAAGAUGAACAGACCGAGGAAAUCACUGAGGCGAAUGCGUUUAACCCCAACCAGAGUGCAAUGGAGGACCGACGAGACUCUGCCGGUCAUCUGAGUUUGGGCAGCAAAGGAGAUGAGAUGGAAUUUUUCAAUGCCAGUGAUCUCUUACCAGAAGAACUGAAGUCCUUUUGGCAGGGGGAGAAGGAGGAGAAGGACACUGCCGUACAGCAAAAUCGCAAAGCGGACUGCAAGUCGCAGCUUGAUGCUUCUUUUCCGCGGCCUUCAACAUUCAUGCAAGACUUUCUCCCAGGAUCGACCAUGCAAUCCAACCUACGUAACCAGGGCUGUUCUGCACAAUAUGAUGUUGAAGAAGACCCCACUGGAGCCGGCGCAACUACUCACCGCAGCCUUUACCAAAUGGGCCUUCCUCAGUCUCAUCAUCUCCCACCAUUGGCCUCCACCUCUCAGACGUGUGUGUCCAGCAUUCCGGCACAGCCCUCGUGCCAGAAUGCCCCGGUAUUCCCAGAUGGAAGCCAGGCAGUUCCAGCGAAUCCCGGUGAUGCCGAAAGGAAACCCUACGGAUGCACGCAGUGUGGGAAAACCUUCAGCUCCAGACAGAACUAUGCCAAGCACAUGUUUGUCCACACCGGUGAGAAGCCUCAUCAGUGCAGCGUGUGCUGGCGUUCGUUCUCGCUCAGGGACUACUUGAUAAAGCACAUGGUGACGCACACAGGCGUGCGAGCGUACCAGUGUCCUGUGUGCAAUAAACGCUUUACCCAAAAGAGCUCCCUUAACGUGCACAUGCGGCUCCACCGUGGCGAGAAGGCCUUCGAGUGCCACGUGUGUAACAAGCGUUUCUCGCACAAGACUCUGCUGGAGAGGCACAUGGCCACACACGUAGUAUAAACUGCCGGUGCACUGAGCCCGAGCCGUACAAGCCCCACACCAGUUCUGCCUGGGGAAGAUCGACGUACUCUGCAAACCCAAGCCCCCCACGCACCAACGAGUGUUUAGCCAGGAAUAUGAACCAGCUUUUGAGUGAACACAAUGUGCGGUAGAGGUAGCCACCAUAAAGGUGGGAACAGCUUAACCUUCCUCCGUUUUCCAUGCCCCACCGCUGAACUUCCUCCAAACCCUGCAAGUAGUUGUCAAACUCGGCUCGGAGUGGCUGCAUCAGCCUGGAUCACACUCUGGCACCACAGAGCAGGAAAGACCCGGCUCCUGGGUCUCUGUUCAGGUAACUAAUCUGAGCCACCGUCCACAUCCACCGGUCAGAAAGAGGAACAUCCAGCAGCGUGCACUAGCCAUUAGUAGAUGUUCUGAUUAGAUUGCCUUGGCCGUGAUGGCCCAGAACAGUUAAUAGAAAUAGUCACUUCUUCUUUCGUGUGGCGUGCACAGCCUAAAGUUGUUGGACAACUUGUUCUAUUUGAUCUUCCGUUUGUGCACGUCGAGUUGAUUGCAUUAGUCGAAACAGGGCGGACCACGUGAAGGUUGCAAUUUUCCACCCCAGAAAUAGUCACUAAAAAAGGCUAUUCAACCCAUCAUCUCCUAUACAGAGGGAUAAAGGGCUACCCAGCCGAUUCGUGUAUCACAGAACAUUGCCCCGGAGUUCUGUAUUAUUACAAUACAAAAGCAUAUUGCCUUUAUAUAGUGCCUUCAUUGGAGCAAAAUAUCCUAGGGUGUCUCACAGGAGUGUUUUUAAACAAAAACUGAUACCUUAGCCACAUACGCAAAUUUUGCUACAAAUGACCAAAGGCUUGGUCAACAAAGCAUCGUAAAGGAGGAGAGAGAAGCCAAAAAAUGAUUUAAGUCAAGUCAAGUUUAUUUGUCACAUACACAUACGAGAUGUGCAUAUUCCAGAGCUUAAGGCCUUGGCAGCUGAAGUCAUAGUUACUGGAAGAGGAGCAAUUAAAUAUAGGGAUGAUCAGAGGGACAGGACUGGCGGAGCAGAGAAAUCUCUUGAGGGAAUGGGAUUUAAAAGGAAUGAAAACCGUGGGAUUUUUAAACCAGAAGUUAAUUUUAAAUGAGACGUUGCUUAACUGGGACCCAACGUGGGUCAGCAAGCAUAGAGAUGAGUGUGAAUUGAGCCGGUGUGAGUUAGGGCCCAGUUUUACAUGGAAGGCCAGCCAGGAGAAUCAAGUGACACGUCUGGAACUUCCACAGCUGAGACUGACAGUGUCCGAAUGCUCAGCCAACUGCUAUUUAUUACUCCAGCAUUUUGUGUCUAUCUUUGCUAUUUAAAUGCAGUGAAUUCACUACCAUCUGCAAUUAUUUUUAAUCCUUUAGCCUAUUCCUGUAUUUUCUAUUCCCCUUCUUACCACUCUGUUAAAGGGUGUGGGUUCUCAUUAUCCAACAUAUUUUGGUCUUUCGCUGUUUUAUUUCCGUCAAUUCUCCAUUUGGCCUCCCCUUUUCCAAAGUGAACUAACCCAAUUUAGUCGCACUUGCCUCAUAAUCAUAAUUUUUUCAGCUCUUAUAAUAUCCUCAUAAUAUCCUCUCCAGCCUCUCGUUCUUUUGUGUGGUGACAAUAUCUGUACAAAUACCCCAUGCUGUGACCUAAACAUAGACCUUUCUGGCUCUUAUAUUCUUUGGCUCAGCCAAUAAAGGAAAAGAUUCUGGAUUCCAGACACAAUAGUGGAUGAGUUGAACAACCCAUGUUUUUUCUCUGUCCACCUUGUGUGAAGAAUCCCAAUUGGAUAAUAUAUCCAAGGUCGUGUGGGGGUAAACUAACUAGCAUGGUAUCUUCGGCAUAUCAUGCAUUGAAAUGAUUAGUCGCAACCCCUUUGAAAAUAAUCUAAUUAAUGAUAUUGUUUAAAUUUGAUACACUCUCAUUGAUCCGUUUUUCAUCAGCCGACUAAUCAUAUGUUUUGUUAAAGAUGCAAAAGGGACUCACAGUCUGCAAUUUCCUGCCUCCUCCAGGCUUGAUUUUAUUAUUCAGCUGAUAAUUGGACAACCAGCUGCUUUAGCUAUGCAGUUCCUAAUAUUUUUAACUACUGUCUGAAGUAUUUCAGAAUUAUUUCAAAAUUAAUAAAAUGUGCUUGGAUAUAAUUGCUGUAUGCAUGAAAUCCAGGCUGGUAGCUUGACAUGUCUCCAUCCACACACAUGUCAUAUGGUUUGAUAAUUACUUGUCUUGUCUGUGCCUGAUGGUAGUACCACAGUGGUUACACUGUGUCAGGAUACCUUCCCUCCCCAAACUCCAUCACCCACCACUGUUCCAGAUGAUCUUCCAGUGUAAGUGGAGCUUCAUUCAAUGAUAUGCCCUCCUUAUUCUGCCUUCAUCCUCAGAUAAUCCUAGUCCCCUAUCAUGAUAAUUGAAUGUUGAAGCCAGGGCAGCCCAAAGGGAUUCUCUGUCCUUUCCCCCAGGAUCAGCCAUUGUGUCGGCUGAGACUGGCCGUAUUUCCUACCUGGGGCCACAGGAAGAUGCAGACAUUGUAUAUUGGGACCUGCAUUGCUAUGAAGCUGGUUUGAGAAAGCCAAGAAUUUUCUUUAUAUUUUAUUUAUAGAUCAUGAAUAUAUAUUUAUCACAGCUUCUUUGUAGCUUCAGACAAACCGGCAAUAUUGAUCAGACAAGGGUUUCCAGGAGUUUGUAGGCUGCGAUAGAUUAGCUGACCUUGUGCAGACUGAUAUUGCUCAUUUUGGCAUCCUGAUUGCAAUGAAAGUCAAACAGUGUUCUGCUGCAGAUUAAUUAUCAGGGACCCAGUCUAAAAGCAAUGUGAUGGCAAGCUAGGAUCACCUCUAUUCCCAUCCUAUUACAAUUAAGCAGCUUGUCACGGUUCAAACACAUGAGUGUGCUAUCUACAAAGCUGAAUGUCAUAAAUUGACCUUGUGGCAAGAAUUAGGACAAUUUCAUCCCAUUGUAGAGAAUUUAAAAUUGUACCUACUUGGUUUUCAGUGGGGGGGGAAAGAAAUCUUUGCCUAUGUUUGUUGCAUAGUAUGCUGUAGUUAUCUUUAAAUUAUAGUUGGAUCCAGCUACUGGAGCAAGCCACAACAUUGCAAGCUACCACCCUGGUUUCCAGCUUCCCUCCAGUAGAAACAGAGUGUCUGUGAGAUUGCUGGUGAGAUAUGGAGCCCAGCAAGAUUUAGCAAAACACAAAAUGUUGGAGUAACUCGACAAGUCAGGCAGCAUUUGUGGAGGGAGUGAAUAGUGAUGUUUCGGAUCGGGACAUUGAUUGUAGUAAGGGGGAGAGAGAGGUGGGGAGGGGGGGGGGGCAAGUCAAGUUAUAUGUGGAUACAGGUGAGGGGGUGUUAUUUAAUGUAUAACUGACUUUCCUUUUACUGCUUUAGCUAGUGAUGAUCUUGAUCUAUGGGACUACAUGCCUUUUUGCCAGAUUUGGCAUACCGUGUAGGAUGGCUGGCCAGAACCCUGUGUAGAGCUUGAUGUCUGAUCUAGCAUCAUGUGACGAUCCUGGAACAGUGGCUGCCCUCUGUGGAGUCACUGCUGAUCCCUGUCAAGUGCUAACUGUUGAUUAAAAAAUGAUUAGUUCAAUAGUGGGGUGGAACAAUUGCCCAUGUGCUCUGGAAGCCAAAUUCUAUUAAGAGAUGAAUACUCUGUGUAGGACUCUUUAGGAUCAGGCAGUGCUGUGAAAUUAAAAAAUACCCUGCCUGUUUCUAAUCACUUGUCAAAAGGAUCCAAAAUACUGUCAAGAACACUGCUAUCAUGUUUCAUAUUUUUAGCUACACAAGCCUGUAUACUUGGAGCACAUCUUAUCGCCAAGCAAUGUAUUGCUGCAGGAGUUCUCGAGAGGAAAUCCUCCAGAGAUCUGUUUAAUAGCUUCACUACUAAUGCUGCCUUGCCCUAUUUGUUAGCAGUCUGUGCAUCAUUUUGUUGGUCCGUCUGAGAUUCUCGGAUCCUGAAUCCAGAAUGUGAUCCCGCCACAGAUAUUGUACCAACUUCCUCCUCUGUCUCAAUUGGUGAAUGCGCCUCUAGCUUUAGAAAUAAUCCAAUGCCAGGGUUUAUUGAUGUUCAUUGUUGGGAUAUCUACUCUGAAUCUCCAUCCAUUGAUCAAUAUGCUGGUGUCAGUAAGGCUGGGGUUGGGUAAGGAGUGAGCACAGCCCUCGUGGGCUAUUCAUUCACAAACUGGAAAAGAAAGUAAUAUUCUUUCCCAGUCCACCUGCUCAGAACUGAGCAAACCUGCCUCUUGACGAGGCGGUUUUGGAUUGAGCUUGAUUCUAAACUCAGACGAGAAUUAAUUGAGGGUUACUGGACUGCCCCAGCUACAUUUUCUCCCUUGUGUCAUAACUGAACCUGAUGCUAGCCUUCUAAUUAAACCAGUGGUGAAUUAAGGAGUGGAUGCAAUGAACUUUAACUUGGAAAGCAUCCUCUGCCAUUGAUUGUUAAUGAGAACUGCAACUCCCAAUCUGAGAUUGCAAGUCAAGUGUAGAUCCUGGGAUCUUACUCAGGCUUUGGAAUGCUUCCAAACAAAGCUAGGUUGGGAAAGGGAGAAUCCCAAGCAAGGAUGAGACUCCAAUAAGGAGACCAGGUAGGAGGAGAAAGUGAGAAAGACUGCGGGGAUAGGGUGAGGGUGUAUUUGGGGUAGUUUUUGGCAGCUGUCAGUGAUGGAACUGCCAUAAGAGUAUGGGUUGACGGAGGUGAGAUGGUCCAGAGAUUCCUGAUCCACAUCACUGCCCCAGGAAUUCCCAUUCCCAAUCACUGCCCUGGAAGUUCAGCUCAUGAUCACUGCCUGGGGAUCCCUAAUCCUGUUCACUGCCCAGGGUUACCAGCUCCUGAUUACAGUACCCAGUCACUCUCUGGCACGGAUUCCUGAUUAAAAAUUAUAUGUGAGCAUGUCAGUGUUCAGCUUUUAAAUUUAAAACAGUAACAUUUGCCGAGAUAAACAUCUGUAUUUAAAAGGGACAGAGGGUACUGCCUCCGGGGAGAAUCAACAAUUCAGGGAGGCUCUGUACCUUUAGUUACUGUACCACAGAGAGUUGGCACCUUCAAAAACUGUACCCCCAGGAGAGACAAAAACUAUCCCUGAGUGAACACCAUUGGGACUGUACCCCAGAGAGUCAGGAACUGCACCUCAAGACUGUACCCCAAAGAGGAAUGUCCACAUAUUUGGGGGGGGGGGGGGGGGAAAUACAAGUAUCCAGCUGAACAAAUGUUUUCAUCGAGAGAUGAAAAAUUCACUUGUGGAGACUGUGACAGAGAAUUAGUUUAUAUAAGCAUUGGCUUGUGAAGCAGUUAUAGAGUGUGUGUGUGUGUGUGCGUGCGUGUGUGUUGAUGAUUUAAGUGCCUCAGUGCAAGGAAUCCACUUGUGACAGCAUGUGUGUAAUAUUAUUGUGGAACAAAUGAUUUUUUAGAGAACAUUUUUACAUAGGUUUGGAUGUUUAUAACUCGCAAAGAGGAUUUUAAAAUAUUUAAUGACGUGAUCAAUUUUCUUUCUCAGAGUAAUAUGCAGCUGGCUCAUUGUCAUUUGCUUCUGCCUAUGGACUAUUGGUAGUAAUGAGUGUGUGGAUUUUUUAAUGUGCAAUAGCUUGUGGGGUGAAGCUGCCCAUGUUAGGGAUGGUCUUCAGUGCCUCUGGCUGGCUGGCCAGACAUCUAUCUUUUAAGUAAAUUGCAACACUUGCUGGUGGUGUCAGUCUGCGAGUGGUGUAUUGAUCAUGAUGCCCAUUCCUGACUAGAUAGGUGUGGAAUAGGAGCUUGAGGUUACGUUUUGCUUUGCUGCUGCUGAACUUCAUCAAACAGCCCCAAGCCCUGGGAAGGCCACCACAUCAAGCACUGAAGGAAGUGGGGAAAUUAAAGUUUGACUGCGAAAUACAACCUUAUAAAAUCUGACACAUCCCACAGGAGUUGUUGGAGAACCUACAUGAAUCUGACUGUCCGUGCAAGAUGAGGAAUGUGGUGAUCCUGAUCGGAUUAUUUAUCUUUUUACAUGGAGUGCAAGAGCUAGAAUUUGAAUGGAGUUAUUGUACAUACAAGCAUAUUCUGCAAUGUUGUGUGUAAUAAGUUUCCAUUCCACAAAUGACCUGAACCCAUGCAGUACAAGGUACAUGAAUGGAAUGUUCUCCUGGUCAAGUGCACAACCCUUAAAUCAUUCUUAAGAAAAUAUUUAAAGAUAGAUGUUUGUUCCUGUCCAUGAUUUUCAACGUGGUAGGAUGUGAUGUCUUAACACCAGGUUUAUUUUGUGUAUCCAUACACAUUAAUUUGGUUUAUAUCAUUUUCACGUACCGAGAUACAGUGUAAAACAUUGUUUUGUAUGCUAGCCAAGUAAAACAUCUAUACAUGAAUACAAAUAACCAUGAGAAAUGUAGUGCUACAGAUACAAAGUGCAACAAAAGAAGGGAUUUAAGGGCUGUAAAAAGAUAGAUCGAGGGAUUGGGAACACAUCCUUAGUUAAUGAGAGGUGCUUUCAAGACUCUGAUAAUAGCAGGGAAGAAGCUGUUCUUGAAACUGGUGGGACGUGCUUUCAGGCUUUUGUAUCGUCUGCUCAAAGGGAGAAGAGGGAAUGAUUGGAGAGUGAGCAGUAUGUGAUUGUGUUGGCUGCAUUCCCGAGACAUUGUGAAGUGUUAAUAGUCAUUGGGGUGAGGCUGGUUUGCGUGAUGCACUAAGUUUGUCCACAACUCUGCAAUUUCAUGUCUUGGGCAGACCAGUUGCCAACCCAAGCUGUGAUGCAUACCGAUAGGAUGCUUUCUAUGUGCAUCUAUAGAAUAUUGAUGUGUCAAGUGAGAAAUGCUGAAUUUCCUUAGUCAUCUGAGCAUACUUUUCUUAAUCUUCAGGACUCUCUGAUCAAUGCCCUCGUUUGAAUCUUACAGGUGUAACGAGAUUCUUUUCUCAGUUCAACUGUUUGCUUCAAUUUGGCCAGAGUCCACAUGUUGCAUACUUAAUCCUUUCUUCUUUAUUGAAAUAACUGAAGACUGAUGUAACUGAAAACACUACCAAAUCUUUUAACUAUUUGCUCCAUUGCUGAACUUGAAUUAACCAGUAAUAUCAAUGUCACUUUAACAGAAAGUCAAGGCGCUCUUGACAUGAGCAUUUUCAUGUAUGUGUAGCUGUUUUCUUAAACAAAAUAAAGCAAAGAAUAAAAUGUGCAGUUAAAAUGUUGUAAACGCAGACAUGUUGAAUGGAUUCACAAUGUGUGAUAUAACAAAGGACCUGGAGUUAUUCAGGAAGAAAUGAUUAAGUGAGAGAUGAAUUUUAAUGUUUACAGUAGCUUUGUAUUUGAUCUUGCACUAAAGCCCGACUCAAAAUCCAA